UUACCUGUUUGAUCCAAAAUGUACAAUGUAGACGUCCGACUGGAUAUUUUUAGAUACUUCCUUCCGUUUUAUGUGAUACGGGAAAGUCAGGCAGUGAUUUGUGUGUGUUUGAAGAUCGUCGUAAAUGUUUAGGAAACAGAUUACUACGUGUCUGCUAACUGUAUAAUUUCCCCAUGCUACGCCCAUUGUCGAGUGGCCAUACUGUCUGUUUAGGCAGACAGCGGCCCAGACAAACAACAGCACUCAUCAAGACCGCCAUCGAUUUGCCGAUUCGCGUAAAGGGAGACAACUGAGAGCGACGCGAAAUUCCCCAACUUCAUCAUGGCAAACCAGACUAUUUGGGUCAUGAACAUAUUCCAGUAAUGAGCUGAUUGUCAGCAUGCAGGCGGUGUGAUGCAAGGCGACGUGACUCAGCAAACAUCAAUUGCUGUGAAAUUUCCUUCCGCCUUUACAACAAUGUCUACUGCGGCCAUUCUGCGGUGCCUGGCUAUGGAUUGGCAUAUGCAUAGUGUUUCCAAAGAGGUGUAGCUCCAGACAGCGUACUCCGUGUUACGAUUAGCAUGGGAUUUCUACUUUGACAAUUUUAACAAACCCAGGAAGCAGCGGACUUACCAAAACAUGGCAUUCUGUCAACAGCUGAGACUGCUAUUAUGGAAGAAUGUCCUCCUACAGAGAAGGAAGAUAUGUGUGACGAUUUUUGAGAUCAUUGGACCAAUUUUGUUCGGUUUGAUCAUAUUUGGAGUGAGAUUUAUUGCACCAGGUACAUAUGUUCCGGCGAGAGUGUAUUACUAUCAUCACGUCCAUCGGAAGAUCUCUUCGUAUGGAUAUUAUAAGUCAAAGGAGGUGCUGUAUACGCCUAACAAUACGCUCAUCAGGGGAAUAAUCUCAGAUGUGAACGACACAGUGAAUGAGCCGCUACUCAAACCAAGCUAUCACUAUUCAGGUUCAAAUACGAUUUCCUUCAAAGGAUUUUCUUCCCGGAAGGACAUGUUGGAAUACUUGAGCUUCAACAUUAAAGACGUUCCGUUUGCUGUUGAGUUUGAGAAUGUUGAAAUGACAGACACGAUCUUGCCCAGAAAUUUGCAAUUUGCAAUACGUCCCAAAGUUGGACCAUAUAUCGAAUGGCAUACCACUGAGACCUCCCCAUUUGUGCAUACUGGCACACCACGGCCCUACUUUAACCCGGACUACGGAAGGUUUUUAGGUCUUCAACGUAUUGUUCAUGAAGCUGUCAUCAAACAUUUCAAUCCGAACGCAACUGAAACACUCAGCGAGAUGAAGAUUCAAAUGCUGCGAAUGCCAUACCCACCCUACAUCGUUGACGCUAUGAGCAUCCUGCUACAGUAUGUGUUUCCUGUGUUGCUGAUGCUCAGCUUCAUCCUCAUGGCCAUCCAGACAACAAAGGGAGUUGUUUACGAGAAGGAAAGAAAACUGAAAGAAUCCAUGAAGCUGAUGGGUCUGAGCGCUUCAGCUCACUGGACAUCUUGGUUCCUGACCAGCUUUAUAUAUGUGGUAAUAUCAAUGGCCCUGUAUGCUUUGCUGUGUGGAGUUAACGCAAGUGGAAAUGGGGCAGCUCUGGCCAAAUCAGAUCCCUCCCUGUUCUUUGUGUUCCUCCUCUGUUACGGCGUCUCCAUCAUCUCCUACUGCUUCAUGAUCAGCGUCUUCACUCAAAGAGCCAACAUCGGCGCAGCUAUCAGCGGGAUCGUGUUCUUCAUAUCCUACUGCCCGUACUUCUACCUCCAGAUUCUGUACCACAGAAUGUCAAGAUCAGCCAAGUUGGCCUCCUGUCUCCUGUUCAAUGUGGGAAUGGCGUUCGGUGCAAAUGUCAUAACACUCUAUGAAGGAGCUGGCUCAGGUGUGCAGUGGUCAAAUUUCCAUGAGCCCGCUACUGUGGAUGACAACUUCUCCCUGCUGGACGCCAUGUUGAUGUUGCUAGGCGACACGGCAAUCCACCUCCUCAUCACCUGGUAUCUGGACAAUGUCUGGCCAGGGGAGUUUGGUGUACCGAAACCAUUCUACUUUCCCUUCACCAGCCAGUACUGGUGUGGCACAAGACAAUCCAACUUGGAUUAUACUGGCAUUCAGCUGUGUGACGAAAAGCAUUUUGAGGCAGAGCCAAGUGACCUGAAAACAGGGAUAUCUAUCCAAAAUCUGAAAAAGGUUUUCGGCUCCGGAUCUAAGAAGAAGGUAGCUGUGGAUGGGAUGAGUCUCAACAUGUUCGAGGGUCAGAUCUCUGUUCUCCUGGGUCACAACGGCGCUGGAAAAACUACAACCAUGUCUGUUCUUACGGGUUUCAUCCCUGCAUCUGCAGGCACCGCCAUUGUGAACGGUUACGACAUCAACAACGACAUCCAGAGUGUCCGGCAGAGUCUAGGUCUUUGUCCUCAGCACAACAUCCUGUUUGACAGCUUGACUGUCCAGGAACAUCUGGAGUUCUUUGCGACUCUGAAAGGUUGUCCGAGUAAGGGUGUUGAAUCUGAAGUUACAACCACAAUUAACGAAGUUGGCUUAAGCUUAAAGAGAUGGACCCAGUCUCAGCAUCUCUCUGGAGGACAGAAGAGGAAGCUCUCUGUUGGCAUUGCUCUGAUUGGAGGAUCCAAGAUCGUUAUCCUGGAUGAGCCAACUUCCGGUAUGGAUCCUGCAGCCAGAAGGCAGACAUGGGACAUCCUUCAGAGGAACAAACUGGGCCGGACCAUGUUGCUGACCACUCAUUUCAUGGAUGAAGCUGACGUUCUCGGGAACCGCAUCGCCAUCAUGACAGAAGGGGUGGUCAAGUGCAGUGGGACAUCAUACUUCCUGAAGAAGCUCUAUGGAGCUGGCUACCACCUGGUGAUGGUGAAGGAACCCACCUGUCAGGUGGCAUCAGUGACGACAGUUGUCCAGCAGCACAUCCCUACAGCAGUCAUGGAGAGUGAGAUCAAUGCUGAACUCUCCUACCUGCUUCCUGAUGACCAGUCAGCCAACUUUGCUGCUCUCUUCACGGAGAUUGAAGCCAGGGGGAAAGAACUCGGUAUAUGUAGCUUUGGUACCACCGCCACCACCAUGGAGGAAGUGUUUCUCAAGUAAGAUGAGGCGGGUCAGGAUGACAAGGUUGAUGAUGAGUGUAACCCAGCUGGAUCCUCGAACAAUCUGGCACCACCGGUAGUACAUAUAUGGCAGAACAGUAGCUCCGAACUGCAGGACACAGAAACAUCUAAUAUAUUGGCAUUUAAUCAGGGCUUCACCAAACGUAAAGGUUUGGAUCUGGAAGUGUCUCGCUUCAGAGGAAUGUUUGUAAAGAAGGCUCUUCACACAUGGAGGAACAAGACCAUCACCAUUGUCCAGCUUCUACUGCCGGUGUUAUUCACUAUGGCAUCUCUAGCUGUCAGCAUGGUAAAACCAGGAACCGUGGCUACAGAGGUCCCACUGACUCUCGACUUGGCUCCAUUCAAAGGAUCAUUUGUACCAUACGUAGGCGAAGAUCUCGCUGGGCAACUACCUGAAUCAUUUGCUAAUGCAUACAGUGCACAAUUCUCUGGAACUGUGAAUCAACCUGAGAGAAUUGAUUUGUUGAAGUAUCAUAAUAUAUCCAAUUUCUUCUUGUCAAGAGCAGACGACCUUGGUAUUGGUAGAUACAAUAAGAAAAUGAUCAUUGGAGCACAUUUUAAAUCUAACAAUGAAGCAAUUGCUCUCUUUAAUGGACAACCAUACCAUGCCCAGCCCAUAGCUUUGUCAUUCAUGAUGAAUGCGAUCCUCAAACACUUCACCUCUAAUGGGUAUUCCAUUACAACAAUCAACAACCCUCUUCCAUAUCAGGCGAAAACCUCAUGGGAUCCCUCAGUGCUUUCCAUACUGUUCCUCGGGUUCUCUGUGGCUCUUUGUCUGAUGUUUGGCAUGGCCUUCCUAACAUCUUCCUUCGUGUACUUCCUCAUCAAGGAGAGACUGGUGGGCGCCAAACAUCUUCAGACUGUCAGUGGAGUUGGACCGUUUGUUUUCUGGUUGUCCAACCUGGCCUGGGACUACAUCAACUACCUGAUUCCAUCCUUGUUGCUGUUGAUUGUGUUUGCUGGGUUCCAGUCUCCAGCAUAUACAGAAGACGGGAGAUUGGGCAUCGUGUUCCUCGUCCUGCUGGUGUAUGGUUUGGCAGUUCUCCCAUUCAUGUAUGCACUUCAGUAUAUGUUCAAGUCUCCUCCUACCGGGAUGGUUGUCAUCAUCAUCUUAAAUAUUAUCACAGGAAUGGCGAGUAUCUUGUCAGUGUUCAUUCUGGACGCAGCCGGAGAGAAAGAAGAGUCUGAAAUAACAGACUGGGUAUUUACAGUGAUUUUCCCUCACUACAACUUUGGCAAGUCAUUCAUGAACAUGUACAGCAAUUACCUGUACCUCCACAAGUGUAUUGAACGAAACUACACGUCAAUGUGUGUAAGACCUACGAGGAACCCAUGCUGUAAAGACUCAUGUGGAGAUUACUGUUUUCCAUUUAACGAAAACUUCCUGGAUUGGGACUCUCCCGGAGUUGGGCGCUAUAUUGUGUUCAUGCUGCUCCAGUCUUUGGUGUAUAUGUCAGUGACACUGUUCAUUGAGUACCAGGUACCACAGAGAAUCUGGUACGCCUUCAGACCAAGGGAAGCGGACGUCGCACAGCCUGUUGAGGUGGAUGGAGAUGUUGUAGCCGAAAGACAACGCGUAGAAACAUUCGACAAAGAUGUGGCUAACACUGACUCACUGGUCCUAAAGGAUCUUUACAAACGCUACGGGACUUUCGUUGCUGUUGAUAAUUUGAGUGUGGGUAUUCCAGAGAAGGAGUGUUUUGGUCUCCUUGGACAAAACGGAGCAGGAAAAACAACAACUUUCAAAAUGAUUACAGGAGAUGUGAUGCUGACGCGUGGCAAUGUUUUCUUGAAGUCCUUUGACAUCAAGAAUCACACCCAGAAGGUGCAAGAGAACAUGGGCUACUGUCCCCAGUUUGAUGCCCUGAUUGACCAGAUGACUGGACGAGAGACUCUCACCAUGUACGCCAGACUCAAGGGAGUGCCGGAGAACAGCAUUAAGGGCGUGUGUGGCAACCUGCUGGAUAUCAUGAUGCUCAGACAGUAUUCUGACAAACCAACAUCUGAAUACAGUGGUGGUAACAAGCGUAAGCUGAGCACCGCCAUCGCUCUGGUUGGAGACCCGGCCUUCAUCAUGCUGGAUGAGCCGUCCACGGGGAUGGACCCCAAGGCCAGGAGGCAGCUCUGGAACGUCUUGUCACAGGUCCGGGAGUGCGGCAGGACACUCGUGCUUACGUCUCACAGUAUGGAAGAAUGUGACGCUCUGUGCACAAGAAUUGCCAUCAUGGUGAAUGGAAGAUUUGUCUGUCUUGGAACACCACAACAUUUAAAGACCAAAUUCGGUCAGGGCUACACGCUGAUAGCCAGGAUGAAAACAGUUGAAACCGAGCCAGGAGUAUCAGAGGGGACAGCCCCCGCUUCAACGGAACCUCUGGUGAACUUCAUCAAAUCAACCUAUCCUGACACCAAGGUGUUCGACGACCAUCAGGGCUAUGUUCACUUCCAAGUUCCUUACAGCUCUGUCAGUCUCGCUCAGGUCUUCACCGUGAUGGAACAGUCCAAGGUGCAGUUCUCUGUCGAGGACUAUUCAGUUCACCAAACAACCCUUGAACAAGUGUUCCUCUCAUUUACACGUUGGCAGGUUCCACCAAGGGAGGAUAAAACAAGCCUUUGCAAGAAGAUUUGUUGCUGCUAGCAUUGAUUACUGUUCUUGUUCUUGCUAUCAUUAUUAUUUAUUAUGCAAAUACGAUGUCAUCCCGGGGAUUAGGAUGCCACAGCUAAAUGUGUGAAACUGUCAGAUCGUGACUUCAAAUCCUAGAUCUGACUCUAGUAUGUCUCCAGUUUGUCAGUAGCCUUGACUUUCACCAAAGGGGUGAAACUACUACGACUUUCCACAAGCUGACACGCUGCCAUAUAACUGAAAUACUUAGUCCUCAUCUGCAAUAUAACCCACAUAUAGCAUCUCCCACAAUUCUCAGUUGUAAGCACUCAAGAACAUGCGUUCAGAGCGGAUAUACCUACACUGUGAUAUUAACUUAUUUAUUACUCAAAUGUGACUUAUCACCAAUUAAUGACUGCGUAUGGAACAGGGCCUAGAUUUUCGAAGCUCUCUUAGCGCUAAGAUAGUCGUAAGUUAUUGUUAAUGUAUGGCACUUACGACUAUCUUAGCGCCAAGAGAGCUUCGAAAAUCUAGGCCCAUGGCUGUUACAGUGAACAAGUCGAUACAAAGGCAAAUACACCAAAGGUCAGGAACAAUAUAGAUAGAUGGAUAUAUAUAGUCGUGUACCAGUGUGAAUGUUUCACUUGAUUAUGAAUUAGUCAACAGCUUUCUUUAGCCAGUGUCGUUUAUCUGUAUUUACUUGUAAUAUCGACCGGCUGUGUAAUAAACUUGACGAUAGUGACUUCCUUAAUUGACCACUUUGAUUGCAUUUGUCUUCUAAAGGCGUUUGUUUAUGAGUGUGUUGACGUACCUGAAUUGUGUGAUACUGAAAUCUAUUUUAGUUUACUAUGACAGACUUUCGUCAGGUAUUUAUGUGUUGAGAAGAAACACUUCCUAAGAAAUACUCUCAUGUUGGUUUCCUUUUUCAUUACUCAAUACUCAAUGUAUGUAUGUUGGACUAUUCACUGUGUGUGUAUGUUGGACUAU